AUGGGCAAAGGAGCACCAACCCAACGAGCACGAGUGAUCGACUGCCGUCAAGAUGCUGUCAGAGCAGUGAGAUACAACGUUGACGGCAAUUACUGCUUGACAUGUGGCAGUGAUAAAUCAGUCAAACUUUGGAAUCCGAUCAAAGGCUCUUUGCUGAAAACUUACACUGGUACGGGAAAUGAGGUAUUUGAUGUGGCAUCGUCAUCGGAUAACUCCCAAGUAGCAGCUGGUGGAGCCGAUAAAUGUCUGACCGUGUUCGACGUGGAGACAGGGAAAAUCUUACGAAGAUGGCGAGCACAUGCUGCUCGAGUAAAUGCCGUCGCUUUCAAUGAAGAGUCAAAUGUGGUAUUUUCGGGUUCGACGGACUGUACUAUGCAGGCUUUUGAUAAUCGAAGCCGUAGUGAUAAAGCAAUGGACAUGAAUCUUGUAUGUAGAUAA